AUGGAUGAAGUGAUGGAUGAGAACAAGAAGCUAGCUGCUGAGAACAAGAAAGUUUCUGAUCGUGAAAGAAUUCUUGAAAUGCGUGUAAAGAGGUUGGAGACAGAUAACAAAGAAUUGUUGAAAAAGAUUGACUCUGAUCAAUCAGAGAUUGAUAUUUUGAAGGUGAAAGUUGCUGAACUUGAAGAAGAGAAAGCUCGAAGAGAUGAACAAAACGAAUACUUCAAGUUGAAAAACAAAGAGCUAGAAGCGGCGAAAGCAUUCAGAGAUCAUGAAUUCUAUAUGUUGAAUAAAGUCGUUGAAAGUAUGCUCGGAACGACAGUUGAACAAAAGUUUGAAGAAUUACAAGUUGAAGAACUCAGGGCAGAACGCCAAGCUAAAAUUGAUGAACAAACGAAAGAUAAGGGCAAAGGCGUUGAAGGUAGUUCAGUAGUGACAGAGAGAUUGAUUGUUCCUUCCAUGGUUGUUGAAAAUCCUGAACCGAUUACUGCUAUAUCUGGUUUAUUUGAGGAAGAAACACAUCUUGAAGAGUUAAUUGGUGAUAGUGAUGACGAAGAUGAUGAUGAAGAAGAUGAUGAAGAUGAGAAAGUAUUUUCUGCGAGCAGUCAUGGUUCUGGUAAUGAAGAUGACGAUGCUCAGGGCGGUAUGGGUGUGAAAGUAUCUGAAGCUUCCACUGAGAAAACUGUUGAUGAUUUGAUGAACGAUUCCGUGAAUGAAGAAUCAGGGGGGCUGAUGGAAAGGGGGAAUCGGGUGAUGUUCAGAAUAGAAGAAGGCGAACAUUUUCAUACGUACAUGUUGGAAGCAAUUAAAGAAAUGACUUGCAUGGUGAAUCCUGAUUUUAAGUUCGAUUUUGAAGAAGAAUUGAACGCCUUCGACAUCAAUCAGCAGCCUGAAUAUGAGUAUAAAUAUGUUGAAGAUGCUGACAUGUAUGACAGAGUUGAAGUCGAAGAUUAG